AUGUUUGAUGAAAGUGAAUUAACUGGAAAAACUAACAAUGAAUUUCAAGGUGAUCUAAAUCCUAUAUCCUGUGGAGAAAAAGCAGAAAAUUUUAUUUUCAGGAUUUUUGGAAAGGUUUUCAGAACAAAAUAUCAUAGAAGAAUUUCAGUCAAAACUCAGAUGACCUACGAAAUUGUGACAAACAUUAUUAUAGCUCUCCAACUAAACAGUUUAGCAUGAUACCCAAAUUUAGGCAUUUCUAAUUGGAGCUCUUAUAAGACUAUAUGAAUGACUUUAAGCUAUUCAAGCUACGAUAAUAUUUGUGCAAGUUUUUACAUUAUGAAUUUCUGCUUUUAUGGGACAUCUUCCUUAAUAGGACUAUAGAAAUAAAAUGAUGAAGUUGACGGAAAUUGGACUCCGAGGCGACACCUCCUUGAUGGUGCAGUGGACUGACGAGAGAGGUGGCGAAUUCGCCUUUAGGGCUCAAGUAUACUGUCUCAAGGAGAAGCUUGCCGAAGUAGGGUGUUUUGUUUCUCCCCCGAAGGUUUUCCCUGUCCCUGCCAGGUGGGCUAGACAAAUUUUGCCUACCACAUGGUCUUUUCUCAUCGGAACAUUGGGGUGCUAUCAAGAAGCGGCUCUGCCUAGGAAGAGCUAAUCUCCUGGAUAGAUGUUUCAGGCCGGAAAUGGCGUCAUGCCAUUUUUGGAAUCGAGGCGGGGCGUAUGGUCAGUGCCUGAAGAGUGCUUAUGGCCGGAAACUUAUUAAUCUUAAAAUAGGACUAUGCCUUGUAUUUUUUGUUUUUUUUGGAUUUUUUUUAAAAUUCGACAAGCAGAUACCAAUAUUAUUUAUCAUGAUUUUUGAAAAAAUCAUAUGGAUUCUUGGCACUAUAUGUUUUAUUCCAAGUGUAAUGAUCCUAUUAAUGACUUUUAAAUAUUCAAUUAUAACUUCCAAAACAAUUGAAGAAUACUCUGCAGAAGUAAAUAGUGAUAGUCUGGAUUAUGGCCCAGCUGGCAUUAUCAUUGUAAUUUGCUGUUUUUGUAUAUUAGCACCUAUUAUUAUAUUUUCUGAAAUUUUUAGUUGUGAUAUAAAACAUGUAAAUUCCAAUAGAAAUAUAAAAGCAAGGGCUUGUGCUCAGCUAGAUUUAGAAAAAAAAGGUUUCUAUGUGAUGAUGUGCAUAUUUUAUAUAACUUUUGGCUACCCAAAUGUUGCUCUACUACAGAUUUUAGCAUUGAUUUAUUCAUUUUAUCUUAUGAUUAAAGAUAUAUUGUACCUUCCUUAUUAUAAUAUUUUUGAAAAUUGUAUAGAAUCAUGCAAAAUGGCUAUGAUUUCUUUAAGCUUAUUAAUAUUCUUAUUCGGCCGUUUGCUGGAUAAUGGAACCAUUAUAGUAAACUUUAAUAUAUUUUUACAGCCACUUACAUUAUACCUAGUUUAUCGUGUUAUUAAACGCAGGUACUUAAAAGCAAAAGAAAGCACAGAAACUCCAAAAAAUCAAUAUGAGUUUGAACUAAAAUUUCGCCAUUUAUUAUCCAAUUCAAAUCUAGAAGAACAAUCCCACGUGCUAAACCUAUUUAAAAAAUUUUCUGAAUUAAGCUAUUUCCAAAAAAAUAAGCUUUUCGCUAUAUGAGAAUUUAAUUUUUACUUUUAUGUAAUAAAAGAUGAAAGACUUGCCAGAGUAAAAUUAUCAAAAAUUCAAAAAAAUCCAUCUUCUUUAGAAGGAGAUAUCCAAGAAUGAAAAAUUUUUAAUUGGUUAUCGACUAAUAGGUCUUUUGUUUUUCCUGAUAUUAACUAUUUAGCGUAUUUAAGAGAACUGAACAGAAUAAAAGCUAUGGAUGAAGAAUUGUGCUAUAUUUUAAUUGAUUUACAUAGUGAGCUCUCACAGAGAGUGUCAAGAAUUGAAAAAAUUCUUCAUUUAGUCCACAAAACUUCAGCUAAUAUAAGUUGCAUCAAAAAAGGCUAUAAAAAUAUAAUCGAUAAACACAAAACAACUGAAACUUUUGAGCUUUAUGCAGGAUUUCUUGAAAAUAUUUUAACUCCUCCCCAUCCGUGCACGAACAAAAAAUUUUUGUUCGCUUAAUGGUUUUAUUGUUUAAAACAUUUUAUAUAAAUUUUAUAUAAUUUUUUUUUUUUCAAAAUUUAAAAAAAAAAAAUCCCAAAUCACAAAAAUUGGAAAGCAUAUUAAUUUAAUUUGUAAAAUUUAUGUUUUAAAAUGCAAUUUGUUUAAAAUUAAACAGAAUUAGCUAGAGAUUCCAUUUAUAAUAAUUAUCACUUUGCAUAUUAAACUUUUAUUCAUAAAAAAUUUUUGUUCGCUCAUAGAGAGUGGGUUUUUAUCUAAAAAAUAGGAUUUUUCCAAUGGUUUUGUUUGCUCGCGGGAGUAAGUAACUAUGAUGAAGCUGAUCAUGUUAUUAACAGAAAAAACGGAAUUAGUGUAUAUAAUCAAAGAAAUGAGGAUAAAAGGCUAGAAAAAUAUGGCAAAGAAGUAGCCAUAAUGCUUAUUUCAUGCUCAGAUGAAUUUUUUGGAAAUAUUCUUUAUAUUAAUGAAAAAGCUGUACAAAUUUUAAAAACUUCAUUAAUAGCCUCACAAGAACUGAAAUUUACUUAUUUUCUUCCAGCUCCUUACGACUCAUUUCAUAUAAAGCUUGCAAAGAAUUUUCUUUUAAAGUGUAAUACCACUGACUUAGAAGGCCAUAAGAAACUGUUUCUUCAAGACCAACAAGGCUAUCUUAUUGAGUGCAAUUUAUUAAUAAAAUUGACAGCACUACACGAUUCGGCCUAUUUUUUGAUGUCUUUUCAGCAGAAAAAAAUAGACCAUCAGGCAGCUAUAGUCUCUGAAGAAGGUAUAAUUAAAGCUCAUACAGAAUUGCUUUCUUAUUAUAUAGGAAAAGAACAAAAAUCUUUAAAAAAUCAAAAUUUAUCGGAACUAGUUCCACUUCUUAAUAUAGAAAAAAUGAGGGAUUAUGAACCGUGGAUUAUUUUUUGAGAAAAUCGCGAAUUAGCUUUCAUAAAAGUUCUGAAAAAAAUAAAAUCAAUUUCGGUAUAUUUAUUGAUUGUUGCUUAUAAGGAAGAAGAAAUCAUUAGCUCUGCUACAAUAUUUUUUUAUUAGCUUUUUUAAAAAAAAAAAUCAAUUAUGCUUCAGAAAUUUAUAUUUAAAAAGAAUAAAUGAUAAAAUUAUAUUUAAUUUUUGGUAUAAAGCAAAAUUAAUUUAAUUCUUCAUAAUUCGUGUCAGUUUUAUAAAAUAUGCUCAUAUAAUUCAAAACAUAUUUGUCCUUAAUUAAUUAAUUAAUUAAUUAAUUAAAAAUAAAACAUAUUUUAAAAAGAGAAGUAAAUGAAAAACAGGAGAAGCACAAGAACAUUUCGAUAUGAUAAGUGACCAAGACAUGGGCAGCGAAGAUAAGGGUAAAUGGGAAAAAGAAAAGAAAAAUGCUGAGCUAAAAAAUCUUUCAAUUAGUGAAAUGAAUUUUUUACAUAAAACCACAGACAAAACUGAUACUGAUAUUUUUACACAAAAUGUGGAUAGCUCUAUUAUGAAGGAUCCAAUAGAGCAUGAGAGACAGCACAAUGAAGACUAUUCCAAGCAGGCUUUAUCAAAUAAGAGUAAUCUUAAUAUAGAUGUUGCAAAGAAGCUUCUUAUAGGAACAAAAAGAAGAAUAAGGAUUCUUCAAUGAGUAUUAUUUUUUGUGGUAAAAAAAACUUAG